AGCCAUUGAAAUACUUUGGAACACAAGCUCGCACGUAUCACUGGUGGUUUAUUCAUCGAUCGAAGCAUCUAUUCGCGGUCAGCGAACGGUUGAUUCUUGUCCUUCCCUGUUACUGAAGAAGUACGAGCAUAUCUAACAAAUCGAAGCAAUAACUAUGGGUGUACCAGCAGGUGAUCCAGAAAAGGGAAAGAAGAUCUUCGUACAGAAAUGUUCACAAUGUCACACGAUAGAAGCUGGCGGCAAACAUAAAGUAGGUCCUAAUUUACAUGGUCUGAUCGGUAGGAAAACUGGCCAAGCGCCCGGUUUUGCGUACACGGAUGCUAACAAGGCUAAAGGUAUCACUUGGAAUAAGGAUACGUUGUUCGAAUAUUUGGAAAAUCCAAAGAAAUACAUUCCCGGCACGAAAAUGGUGUUCGCCGGUUUGAAGAAACCACAAGAACGUGGAGAUUUAAUCGCUUAUUUAGAACAAGCAUCGAAAUAAAAUCGCUGUGCCAUAUCGAAGGUGGUGAAAAAGAAAUUCUCGUGCGGGUUGAAUGUCACGCAAGAUAUCUUAGUACGAUUAUCAUCUUCAUUCUUGCGUACGUUUAUCUCACAUUUCAUUAAAACUCAUUUUUAACAACUCUCCUCCUUCUGCCACUAAAAAAAAAACAACAACAACAAAAGAAAGAAAAGCGUUUUCUCGAUAUUUAAAUAGUGAUGAAUUGUUAUUAUUGUUAAUAAGUAGGUAUACAGUGUUGUAACUAUGUACAUUGACAAAGGGGCUUGGCUAGAACUAGCCCCAUUUCUUCAUUCACGAAGAUAUUCCGGUGCUCGUGUCACAGAUGGCUGAGCCAUUUGCUAAUCGUACACCGUAAUUAUUUAUUAUCAUUGUACCGAUCGAAUCAUUCGACUAAUGUUUGUCUUCUCUGUACAACGUACCAACGUCAGAAUACAGAUUCGAUGAUAAAUUUGUAA